UUAUCCCGUGCAAUUAUUACUUUUCAACACAGCGAGGAGGAAAAAAAGGAAAAAGAAACAAAUGGCCUCGUGUCACAUAAGAUUCUACCCUCACACUCUUGUUUCUACAAACUUCACUCCAAAACUCAAAUUCAACCGUAACCGAUUUCUCUUCUCACCUUCGCACUUUUCUUCUUCCACCGUAACUGCCAUGGCUUCAAAUGCCCGCAAAGUCUUGGUUCCGAUCGCUGACGGCACCGAGCCUAUGGAAGCCGUCAUCACCAUCGACGUCCUCCGUCGAUCCGGAGCUGAAGUCACCGUUGCAUCAGCCGCAAACAGUCUCUCCGUUCAAGCUCUCCAUGGUGUUAAGAUAAUCGCCGACGCGUCUGUUUCUGAUAUCGCCAACACUGCUUUCGACCUUGUCGCUCUCCCUGGAGGGGUUCCGGGGGUGGACAAUCUUAGAGACUCUACAGUGUUGGAAGGGCUGGUAAAGAAGCAUGUUGAGGAUGGAAAGCUCUAUGCUGCGGUGUGUGCUGCUCCUGCAGUGGUACUUGGACCAUGGGGUUUACUGAAAGGAUUGAAAGCAACUUGUCAUCCUUCGUUCAUGGAAAAAUUGGCAUCCUAUACCACUUCUGUUGAGUCAAGGGUACAGCUGGAUGGCAGAGUUGUGACCAGUCGUGCACCUGGUACCACCAUGGAGUUUGCGGUGGCAAUAGUUGAACAAUUAUUUGGAAAGGAGAAAGCGGAUGAAGUUGCAGGUCCAUUGGUUAUGCGUUCUAAUCAUAGUGACGAGUAUACUUUUUUGGAGCUAAACCCAGUGCAGUGGACAUUUGACAAUCCACCCAAGAUUCUUGUACCAAUUGCUAAUGGCACAGAAGAAAUGGAAGCUGUGAUCAUUAUUGAUAUUCUGCGACGAGCAAAGGCAAAUGUUGUGGUUGCUUCUGUUGAGGACAAACUGGAAAUUGCGGCAUCACGUAAAGUUAAACUGGAGGCAGAUGUACUCCUUGAUGAAGCAGCUAAACUUUCAUAUGACCUGAUUGUGUUGCCAGGUGGACUUGGGGGUGCCCAAGCUUUUGCAAACUCAGAAACCUUGGUGAAUUUGUUGAAAAAACAAAAAGAAUCAAACAGAUACUAUGGAGCAAUUUGUGCAUCCCCAGCUUUAGUCUUGGAGCCCCAUGGUUUGCUAAAGGGUAAAAAGGCGACAUCCUUUCCUGCCUUAUGUAACAAGUUAUCAGAUCAAAGUGAAGUAGAAAACAGGGUUGUCGUCGACGGUAACCUUAUUACCAGCAGAGGCCCUGGAACCACCAUCGAGUUUGCAUUAGUUAUAGUGGAGAAGCUGUUUGGACGCAAAUUAGCUCUAGAGCUCGCAAAGACAACAGUGUUCACAAACCCAUAAUGUAUUUAAAUGAGUAACGAUUUGUGCUAAUGUAUCAGACAUUUGUGUAUGAAUAACCAAGUCUUUGAAUAGAUUCUUAAGAACAAGAAAGAGAGUUUCUCUCGAAUUUUGCUA